AUGAGUUUUAUUAAUAGCACAAACACAGUAUCAGCCGGUUCCGAUCACAGAAAAGAAAGCUCAGAUUCGUUGGUCUAUCGUCUUGCUACAGUAGACGAUUGUGAUUCAUUAGUUAAUUUAAUAAAUAAUGCUUAUCGCGGUGAAUUGUCACAUCAAGGCUGGACUAAUGAAGAUGCAUUAAUUCCGAUACCAAGAACAAAUACCAAUGCAUUGUUUGAUAUGAUUAAUAGUAAUAAAUAUAUAUUUUUGAUAUUUUUUGGUGACGUCGAUCAUAUUUUAAAAGGAUGUGUUAACUUACUACAUAAAGAAGAGACGAAAAGUGCACUAAUAGGUAUGUUGGCUGUACGUCCAGAUUUGCAAGCAAGAGGUUAUGGAAAAUUUAUUUUAUCGAUUGCUGAAAAGUAUGCUAUAAACAACUGGAAUGUUGAAUACAUUGAAAUAAAUUCAAUUAUUCAAAGACCUGAAUUAAUAGCCUAUUAUACUCGUCGUGGCUAUAUUGAUACUGGUAAACGAUUACCAUUUCCAAUUCAACUAUCAAAAUUCAAUUCUUCUAUGCAAGAUGACAUAGAAAUUUGUGUUAUGAAGAAAUGUGUCAAAAAAAAUUCAACGACUGAAGAAAUAUAA